ACGAACGUGUGUUGUAGUUGUAUUCGUGUUCAUUCUGUCGGCUGUCGGUCGGGUGUCUCUGUUUUUUCGUGUUUAUGCGGUGGUGUAUGUUUAAGGCGCGCGCGUUGCGUUGUGUGUUCGUGUGACAGAUCCCCCCCCCCAAAAAGCCGUCGAGCUUCGACCAAUUUAAAACUUAAAAUCAACCUAAAACGACUAAAAUUCCUUAAAUAAUGCAUUUAAUAAAAGUAAAAACUAAACUCUUGCUGAAACUGCCAAAAAUUGAAAAAAACUAAGAAACGAGACAAUUCAGAGAGUAAACAAAAACCACAGCAACAAACAGCUACCAGCUACCGAGUGAGAGAGAGAGAGAGAGCCACACACACAGAAGAGAGGCGACAGACAGCAGCAGCAGCAACAAAAAGCCACAACAACGGCCACAAAAUGUUGUACCAGCUAAGCAAAGCAACAACUAGAAUUCGACUCAAAAGGCAAAAAACAACCCAAAAACAACAGCAGCAGCAGCAGCAGAAACAUCGACGUGCAACAACAGCAGAAGCAACAACAACAACAACAACAAGAAAAGCCGUUGAACAACAUUUAUGGCUAUGGAGUUUAGCAUUUCUGGCAGCAUUUAUCAUUCAGGAUGUGCGAUGCGCAGAUCUUGCCAUUAGUAUACCCAACAAUCCCGGCCUCGACGAUGGUGCCUCGUAUCGUUUGGACUAUAGUCCACCCUUUGGCUAUCCGGAGCCGAACACAACCAUCGCCUCGAGGGACAUUGGCGAUGAGAUACAAUUCUCGCGUGCCCUGCCCGGAACCAAAUACAAUUUCUGGCUCUAUUAUACGAAUUUUACGCAUCACGAUUGGCUCACAUGGACGGUGACCAUAACAACGGCACCCGAUCCACCGUCGAAUCUGUCCGUGCAGGUGCGGAGUGGUAAGAAUGCCAUCAUAUUGUGGUCCCCGCCCACACAGGGCAGCUAUACGGCAUUCAAGAUCAAGGUGCUGGGCCUGUCCGAGGCAUCGAGCAGCUUCAAUCGCACCUUCCAGGUGAACGACAACACAUUCCAGCACAGCGUAAAGGAGCUGACGCCCGGUGCCACCUACCAGGUGCAGGCAUACACCAUAUACGAUGGCAAAGAGUCUGUGGCCUAUACGAGUCGUAAUUUUACCACAAGUCGAAGGACGCGACACAAAGAGUUGCUGGACAUAAAGAUCCUAAGAGAGCCCAACACUCCGGGGAAAUUCAUUGUCUGGUUCCGUAAUGAGACGACGCUGCUGGUGCUGUGGCAACCGCCAUAUCCCGCUGGCAUUUAUACGCACUACAAGGUCUCCAUUGAACCACCGGAUGCCAAUGACAGUGUCCUCUAUGUGGAGAAGGAGGGCGAGCCGCCGGGACCGGCACAGGCGGCAUUCAAGGGCCUCGUGCCGGGCCGUGCCUACAAUAUUUCAGUGCAGACAAUGUCCGAGGAUGAGAUAUCGCUGCCGACGACAGCACAAUAUCGAACGGUGCCGCUGCGUCCGCUGAACGUAACCUUUGACCGGGACUUUAUCACCUCCAAUUCGUUCCGGGUGCUAUGGGAGGCCCCCAAGGGCAUAUCCGAGUUCGACAAGUAUCAGGUGUCGGUGGCCACCACACGACGACAGUCGACGGUGACGCGCAGCAACGAACCGAUUGCGUUCUUUGACUUUAGGGACAUUGCCGAGCCCGGCAAGACAUUCAAUGUGAUCGUGAAGACGGUGUCGGGCAAGGUAACCUCGUGGCCAGCCACUGGGGAUGUGACACUGCGACCGUUGCCGGUGAGGAAUCUGCGCAGCAUCAACGAUGACAAGACCAACACAAUGGUCAUCACAUGGGAGGCAGAUCCCGCCAGUACACAGGAUGAAUAUCGCAUUGUAUACCACGAACUGGAGACAUUUAAUGGAGACACCAGCACCCUGACCACAGAUCGCACACGCUUCACUUUGGAGAGCCUGCUGCCGGGCAGGAAUUACUCACUGUCCGUUCAGGCCGUGUCCAAGAAGAUGGAAUCGAAUGAGACGAGCAUCUUUGUGGUCACACGACCCUCGUCGCCCAUCAUUGAGGAUCUGAAGAGCAUUCGCAUGGGUCUGAACAUCAGCUGGAAGAGCGAUGUCAACUCAAAGCAGGAGCAAUACGAGGUGCUGUACUCCCGCAAUGGCACCAGCGAGGUGCGCACUCUCAUCACGAAGGAGUCGCGGCUGGUGAUUAAGAAUCUGCAGCCAGGUGCCGGCUACGAACUGAAGGUGUUUGCCGUCAGCCAUGAGCUAAGGAGUGAGCCGCAUGCCUACUUCCAGGCUGUUUAUCCCAAUCCACCGCGCAACAUGACCAUCGAAACGGUGCGCAGCAAUUCCGUUUUGGUGCAUUGGUCGCCCCCGGAGAGCGGAGAAUUUACAGAGUACUCGAUACGUUAUCGAACGGACAGCGAACAGCAGUGGGUGCGAUUGCCCAGUGUCCGUUCAACGGAGGCGGACAUAACGGACAUGACCAAGGGCGAAAAGUACACCAUUCAGGUGAACACCGUGAGCUUUGGCGUUGAGAGUCCUGUGCCCCAGGAGGUGAACACCACAGUGCCACCGAAUCCCGUCUCAAAUAUCAUACAAUUGGUGGACUCGCGCAACAUUACGCUGGAGUGGCCCAAGCCAGAGGGACGUGUCGAGUCGUAUAUACUGAAAUGGUGGCCCAGCGAUAAUCCCGGACGUGUGCAGACCAAAAAUGUAUCCGAGAAUAAGUCAGCUGAUGAUCUGUCCACGGUGCGUGUGCUCAUUGGCGAACUGAUGCCGGGUGUGCAGUAUAAGUUUGAUAUACAGACGACAUCGUAUGGCAUUCUGUCGGGCAUCACCAGCCUCUAUCCGCGCACAAUGCCACUCAUACAGUCGGAUGUGGUGGUGGCCAAUGGCGAGAAGGAGGAUGAACGUGAGACAAUCACAUUGAGCUACACACCCACGCCGCAAUCCUCAUCGAAGUUUGACAUUUAUCGCUUCUCGCUGGGCGAUGCCGAGAUCAAGGACAAGGAGAAGCUGGCCAACGACACGGACCGAAAGGUAACCUUCACGGGCCUGGUGCCCGGACGACUGUACAACAUUACCGUGUGGACUGUGAGCGGUGGGGUGGCCAGUCUGCCCAUACAGCGGCAGGAUCGCUUGUACCCCGAGCCCAUAACCCAGCUGCAUGCCACGAACAUUACGGACACGGAAAUCUCACUGCGCUGGGACCUGCCCAAGGGCGAGUACAACGACUUUGACAUCGCCUACCUGACGGCCGACAAUCUGCUGGCCCAGAACAUGACCACACGGAAUGAGAUCACGAUCAACGAUCUGCGUCCGCAUCGGAAUUACACCUUUACGGUGGUGGUGCGCUCCGGUACAGAGUCGUCGGUGCUGCGCAGCAGCUCACCGCUUUCGGCCAGCUUCACCACCAAUGAGGCAGUGCCCGGACGGGUGGAGCGCUUCCAUCCGACAGAUGUGCAGCCAAGUGAGAUCAAUUUCGAGUGGUCGCUGCCGUCCAGCGAGGCCAAUGGGGUGAUCCGACAGUUCUCGAUUGCGUACACGAAUAUCAACAAUCUGACGGAUGCCGGCAUGCAGGACUUUGACUCCGAGGAGUCCAUCGGUGUGAUCAAGAACCUCAAGCCCGGCGAGACGUAUGUCUUCAAGAUACAGGCCAAGACAGCCAUUGGCUUUGGGCCGGAGCGGGAGUAUAGGCAGACGAUGCCCAUACUGGCGCCACCACGACCCGCCACUCAGGUGGUGCCCACCGAAGUGUAUCGCAGCUCCUCAACGAUACAAAUCCGUUUCCGCAAGAACUACUUCUCCGACCAGAAUGGACAGGUGCGCAUGUACACGAUCAUUGUGGCAGAGGAUGAUGCCAAGAAUGCCUCCGGCCUGGAGAUGCCCAGCUGGCACGACGUUCAAUCGUAUAGCGUGUGGCUGCCCUACCAAGCCAUCGAUCCGUACUAUCCUUUCGAGAAUAUAUCCGUGGAGGAUUUCACCAUUGGCACCGAGAACUGUGACAAUCACAAGAUCGGCUACUGCAACGGACCCCUAAAGUCUGGCACCACAUAUCGCGUCAAAGUGCGCGCCUUCACCGGACCCGACAAGUUCACGGACACUGCCUACAGUUUCCCCAUUCAGACAGAACUGCUAAGCUCUCCGGAUCAGGACAACACCUCAUUGAUUGUGGCCAUCACUGUGCCAUUGACCAUCAUUUUGGUGCUGCUUGUGACACUGAUGUUCUACAAGCGGAGGCGCAACAAUUGCCGCAAGACCACGAAGGACUCGAGGGCCAACGAUAACAUGUCACUGCCGGACAGCGUCAUCGAACAGAAUCGACCCAUACUGAUCAAGAACUUUGCGGAGCACUAUCGCUUGAUGUCCGCCGACUCGGACUUCCGUUUCAGCGAGGAGUUUGAGGAACUGAAGCAUGUGGGACGCGACCAGCCCUGCACCUUUGCCGAUUUGCCCUGCAAUCGUCCCAAGAAUCGCUUCACCAACAUUCUGCCCUACGAUCACUCGCGCUUCAAGCUCCAGCCUGUGGACGAUGACGAGGGCUCCGACUACAUCAAUGCCAACUAUGUGCCCGGCCACAAUUCGCCCCGUGAAUUCAUUGUCACGCAGGGACCGUUGCACUCGACGCGUGACGACUUCUGGCGCAUGUGCUGGGAGAGCAAUUCGCGGGCGAUUGUGAUGCUGACACGCUGCUUUGAGAAGGGCAGGGAGAAGUGCGAUCAGUACUGGCCCAAUGACACAGUUCCAGUGUUUUACGGCGACAUCAAGGUCCAGAUACUCAACGAUAGUCACUAUGCCGACUGGGUCAUGACCGAGUUUAUGCUCUGCAGAGGCAGCGAGCAGCGCAUUUUGAGGCACUUCCACUUUACCACUUGGCCAGACUUUGGUGUGCCAAAUCCACCACAGACGCUGGUGCGUUUUGUGCGCGCCUUCCGUGAUCGCAUCGGUGCCGAGCAGCGUCCAAUUGUGGUGCACUGCAGCGCUGGCGUCGGUAGAUCCGGCACCUUCAUCACACUCGAUCGCAUAUUGCAGCAGAUCAAUACCUCCGACUAUGUGGAUAUCUUUGGCAUUGUCUAUGCCAUGCGAAAGGAGCGCGUUUGGAUGGUGCAAACGGAGCAGCAAUACAUUUGCAUACAUCAGUGCCUGUUGGCGGUGCUUGAGGGCAAGGAGAAUAUUGUGGGUCCUGCGCGUGAGAUGCACGACAACGAGGGCUACGAAGAUGACGAGGGCAUUGCCGAGUCGGGCAUGUAGAACGAGUGGAUGGAGCAGAGCAGCCUAAGCAGAAGAGGAGACGAACUCAACCCAACCCAAACGCAAAACCCAACCUAACCCAACCAUCAUGUGGCAAAACUAUCGUACAUUAUUAAUUACUUAAGAGACGCAGGAGCAGUAGCUGGAAGAUGGAAGAUGGAAGAUGACAGUUGGAAUGGAUGAUCAACGCUUGAUAUUAAUACUUGGAUAUACAAUAUACACUUAUAUAUAACUAUAUAUAGAGUACACUACUUUACACCGGUCUGCGACAAGUGGAUCUAUCGAAAUGGGAAUGCAGCAAUCUCGCCAAACACGCAUCAAUUUAUACAUUUUAUAUACAUAUAUACUAAAAUCUAUGUCUAAUAUAUGUAAUUGUAAUUGUAACUGUAAUUGCUGCUUCAACAAGCCACCAAGAGGAGGGAGCACGAGUUGGAUAGAGAAGAUUGUAUUUUUACGCUAGCCACAAUUUGAUAUUUGUAUACACAUACAUAUACACACUCUAUAUGCAUGUAUCUUCCAAUUUUUUUUGUACACCCUAAUGUUAGUCGAUAUAUGAUAAUUAAUUGUAUGUACUGUGACGAGCAAAGCGCUAAGUGUUUUACGUUUUUCUUUUUUUUUGAUUAAUUAUAUAUUAAAUACAAAAUACGAUAUAAAGACCUAUAUAGCAGAUACUGGAUAAACAAUAUGCCUAAUACUAGAAACUAAACGAAACUGAAAGCCCAAACUAUAGGCCGCACAAAAAAAAAAUCAACAACAAACAAACGUUAAAAACAAAUACACACUAAAAAUGCAAUAAUUAAUUGAGUUAAAUAGUUUUUAAAAUUAUCAAAUGUUUGCUUGGAUAUCUCGAUGCAACCCUGCAAGUGUAUAGUUUAUUUUUUUUUAAUAUUUUAUUUCCUCCGCAACAUAUUAAAUAUGUAUGUAUGGCUUUUUUUUUGAUUGUUUGUUUCUUUUUUUGUACAAUUUUUUAAACCAUUUGUAAGUGCGAGAGUUUAUGUUAAUUUCUUAUUUGUAUGUACCAUGUGCUACUUGUAGAUUUUGUCUUGUUUUAAAAUUACAUUUGAUUUAAAAAGAAAACAGCAGCAAAAUGCAACAACAGAUGAUUAUUUUUUAUGCUCAUUUGGAAUUUUUGGCGCGCACAUAACCAACCAUAGGAUGGAUCAAGACACACAUUACCACAACAAUAAACGUAAUUGAAAACACCGAUGUUGAAGGAAAUCAGAAACCGAUUUGGUUACGGAUGCACCACAACAAAUAACGAAUGACCAACGCAUUUUUGUAAGGCGAUAAUCACUUGCCAACCAGAAACCCACGAAACAACUGUAGAGUAUAGACGAGGGUAGACAACUAUUGCCCCACCCAUGUAGAGAGGGCUCUUACUACGAUAGCCGGUGCCAAAGCCUGAGGAAAAAUAUAACCCCAAACCGAAAUAGCAAAGAACAAAUUAUAAACAAACAAAAUAACGAAACGAAAAGCGUAAACUAAUAGAGAUUGUAGUCCAAAUAAUUUGCAUACAUUUUUCGUACUUGAUUUAUUUGUUCAACUAAAUAAACAUAAACGAAAAGUUAGUUAAAAUGUUUAAACGUUAAACUGUGAGACAGACAAAGAGAAGCGGUGCAAUAGAACUCAAUAAUAGUUUUGCUUUUAGAUUAGUGC